GUGCGCUCCGGCUCGCUCCCCUCCCUCCCUCCCUCCCACCGCCAUGCUCCAAAGUUGGGCCACUUCAGCUACUCCAGGGAGCUUAGCAAAACCAGCAGACCUCUCACUGAGUCGAGGCAAACAUCUAAACAUCAUCCAUCUCCAUUCACUUUUUCCUCUUUGCAUACUUUGGUGUAAAACACGCGGGGUGUUCUUCUUUCAUCCAGCGCGCGCCUGAACGCACAAGUGUGUGUGUGUGUAUGUGUGUGACUUUUUUGGUCUAUUUUCUGAGCGCGUUAUUUACUUCUCGGUUUCUGGAAUCUGCUUUUUUCGUGCAUGGCUUUUUAAAACACUGGACCUGUAGUAGCUGUAGUUUCUUCUGGCUAAAGCGAGACUGGACCUAACUCUAACAUCACUAGGGACUGUUAAACAUUUUUAGAGUAGCUGAAAUGGCUACUUUACCAGGAACAGUUCCUCGAAUGGUUCGGCCAGCACCGGGCCAGAACUACCCCCGCACUGGAUUUCCCCUGGAAGUGUCCACCCCGCUGGGCCAGGGUCGAGUCAACCAGCUCGGCGGCGUGUUCAUCAACGGGAGGCCUUUACCGAACCACAUCCGACACAAGAUCGUGGAGAUGGCGCACCACGGCAUCCGGCCCUGCGUCAUCUCUCGACAGCUGCGGGUUUCCCACGGCUGCGUCUCCAAAAUCCUCUGCCGAUACCAGGAGACGGGUUCGAUCCGGCCCGGAGCCAUAGGGGGGAGUAAACCCAGGCAGGUGGCAACGCCCGACGUGGAGAAAAGGAUUGAGGAAUACAAGCGCGAGAACCCGGGCAUGUUCAGCUGGGAGAUCCGGGACAAGCUGUUGAAGGACGGAGUGUGUGACAGAAGCACGGUUCCUUCAGGUGAGGCCUCAUCUGUGAGCUCCAUUAGCCGGGUUUUGAGAGCACGUUUCGGAAAGAAGGAUGAUGAUGAUGAUUGCGAUAAGAAGGAUGAAGACGGAGAGAAGAAAACGAAGCACAGCAUCGACGGCAUUUUGGGAGACAGAGGUCAUCGCACGGACGAGGGUUCGGACGUGGAGUCGGAGCCGGACCUGCCUCUGAAGAGGAAACAGAGACGCAGUCGCACCACCUUCACCGCCGAGCAGCUGGAGGAGCUGGAGAAAGCCUUCGAGAGGACACACUACCCCGACAUCUACACGCGAGAGGAGCUGGCUCAGAGGACCAAACUCACUGAGGCUCGCGUACAGGUGUGGUUUAGUAACCGACGAGCCAGAUGGCGCAAACAAGCAGGAGCCAAUCAGCUGGCUGCGUUUAACCACCUAUUACCUGGAGGGUUUCCUCCAACCGGAAUGCCAACAUUGCCAACUUAUCAGCUUCCAGAGACCACCUACCCUAGCACCACCCUCUCCCAGGACGGCAGCAGCACGUUGCAUCGUCCUCAGCCUCUCCCGCCCUCCUCUAUGCACCAGGGCGGGCUCUCGGCCGACAGUAGCUCCGCCUACGGCCUCUCGUCCAAUCGCCACACCUUCUCCAGCUACUCGGAAACCUUCAUGACCCCGUCGGCUUCAAGUAACCACAUGAACCCGGUCAGCAACGGGCUCUCCCCACAGGUGAUGAGCAUCCUGAGCAACCCCAACGGCGUGCCGUCUCAGCCGCAGCACGACUUCUCCAUCUCGCCGCUCCACAGCAGCCUGGACGCCUCCGGCUCCAUCUCGGCCAGCUGCAGCCAGCGCUCGGACCCCAUCAAGAGCGUGGAGAGCCUGGCCUCGUCCCAAUCCUACUGCCCUCCCACUUACAGCGCCACCAGCUACAGCGUGGACCCCGUGACAGCCGGAUACCAGUACAGCCAGUACGGCCAGAGUGCAGUGGACUACCUGGCUAAAAACGUGAGUCUGUCCACUCAGAGGAGGAUGAAGCUGGGAGAUCAUUCAGCAGUACUCGGGCUGCUGCAGGUGGAGACGGGACAGGCCUACUGAUCAUCACGCACACACACACACACACACACACACACACACUACAAUUCCAUAACAUGUGUGUGUGUACAGCCUGAAGUCCUGGUGUUUAAGCGAGAACUCCUGUAUUCCUGACUCCUGUAUAUAUGAAGUCCAACCUCAUUAAAAAUUGUUCAUGUUUUUUUAUUAGUAUUCUUCUUCUUCUUCUUCUUCUUCUUCUUCUUCUGAUGAUGAUGAUGAUGAUGAUUCUCCUCUUCCUUGUUGUUGUAAUUAUGAUUAAUGCCUUUGUUUUUGCUCUGAAACACAAGACCGACCAGAUCUCAUGCAAAACUCCCUCGAAUUACUUCAAACAUCAUAUUAUUAUUAAUAAUAAUAAUAAUAAUAAUAAUAAUAAUAAUAAUAAUAAUAAUAAUAAGUUGUAAUAGUUACAGUGCUAAUCCCUUCAUUCCUUUGUUCUCUCAGACAUUGUGUUUGUCAGUAACGUUUCUUACCUGUCCCUUACUUCAUAAAGGUAAAACACAGUGUGAUUCACCGCCGUUACGUUUCUCCCCAAGACGCUGACCAUCCUGAACCACCCGAGCUUCCUCCAUUCCCGAAAAGCCUCUUCUCUUCUCUUCUCUUCUCUUCUCUUCUCUUCUCUUCUCUCCUCUCCUCUCCUCUCCUCUCCUCUCCUCUCCCCUCCCCUCCCCUCCCCUCCCCUCCCCUCCCCUCCCCUCCCCUCUCUCAUCUCUCCUCUCCCCUCCCCUCUCCCCUCUCUCA